UUGCUCAUGCGUAACAUGUUAUUGUAUCCGGUUACCAAGGGUAACGAGCAAGAUAAACUGCAGAGUAGAAACUGCAGCAGGAAUCCUGUCAAAAUACUCUUAUUUUUAUACUGAUUUUGCAGCCUUUUUCAUACUUAUUCGCCACUAUGAACUCUAGGAUGUCUACGGAAGAGAAUGACGACAUUUCAAAGCUCGAAUUGCUGUCAGUUGUCGGGUUUGCAGGAGCAGUCCCAAAUGGACUUCUUGUACAUCCAGAUCGCCAGCAUUUAAUUUAUGCCCUCGGAAGCACAGUUAUUGUUGAAAAUCUGGAAACCAAAUCCCAAAUGUGUCUGUCUGGACAUACAGAUGAAGUUACAUGUAUUGCUGUAUCAAAGAGUGGGCGGUACUUAGCGUCUGGUCAGAAGACACACAUGGGGUUCAAAGCUGAUAUAAUUGUUUGGGAUUAUGAAGAGCGCAAACUGUAUUUAAGGUUGACGCUUCAUAAAGUCAAGGUCGAAGCCUUGGCAUUUUCACCUAACGACAUGUAUCUUGUGUCGCUUGGUGGACAAGAUGAUGGCAGUGUUGUACUGUGGGACCUUGAAAAGAAAGAGGCCGUAUGUGGCAGCCCUGCGGCAGUACCAAGUGCUGGAACAACAAAUGCUGUUGCCUUUGCCAACCACAAUGAUAAACUCUUUUUUACUGGUGGAAAUAAGACUUUAAGAAUCUGGUCGGUAGAUCUGGAAAAUCGAAAGAUUCGGCCAACAGAUUGCAACAUGGGUCAACUGAAAAGAAUAGUCCACUGUAUCCAGGUUGCAGAUGAUGAUCAGCAUUUCUUUUGUGGGACGUCUAGUGGAGACAUCUUAAAGGUCAUUGUAAAAAGCCAUCUUUUGAAGGAGCAUGGCCCAGCAAAGGACAAAUUCAGCCAGGGUGUUAAGACAAUACAGAUCUUGAAGACUGGAGAUUUGCUGAUUGGUUGUGGAAAUGGAACAGUAGCUAUUGUCAAAGAUAGUGACAAAAAAGAAAAGCUCUUCCGAAAAACUAAGUCUGCAAAAGUAGAAGGGGGAGUUAGUUCCAUUGCUCUCAGAGGAAAUGGCCAUCAGUUCUUUAUUGGCACCACUUGUUCUUAUAUGUACAAGUUCAAUUAUGAUGACUUCACUUUUGAAAGAGUCAACAUGUGUCAUUAUGGUUGCGUCAAUGACAUUGUCUUCCCUUAUCAAUACUCAGAUCUGUUCAUAACAUGUGCAAAGAAUGAGAUCCGCGUAUGGAACACCAACACAAGCAAAGAACUGAUGAGAAUUGAAGUACCUAACAUGACAUGUAACGCUGUAGCGAUUAUGAGAGAUGGAAGAUCUAUUAUCAGUGGAUGGGAUGAUGGCAAGAUUCGUUGCUUCACACCCCAGAAAGGAAAACUAAAGUAUGAGAUCAACGAUGCUCACAGUAAGGGAGUGACGGCACUGGCCACAACAUCUGAUUGCCAAAGGAUAAUUAGUGGGGGAGGAGAAGGUGAUGUGCGUGUCUGGGAUGUCUAUGAUGGAGAACAACCAACCACUAGCCUUUAUCAUGCUUUGAAGGAACACAAAGGUUCUGUGACAUGUAUUAGAGUGCGUGCUAAUGACAAAGAGUGUAUCUCAGCUAGCACAGAUAGAACAUGCAUUAUCUGGAAUUUAGAGCGAAUGGUUCGGCAUCAGAUAGUGUUUGCCAACACCAUGUUUAAAGCAGUGUGUUACAACCACCAGGAGAGCCAAGUCAUCACAGGUGGCACCGACAGAAAGAUUGCAUAUUGGGAAACAUAUGAUGGAUCACAGAUCCGAGAAGUGGAAGGUUCCAAGUCUGGUUCUAUUGAAGGGCUUGAUAUCAGUCCUGAUGGCUUUAAUUUUGUUAGUGGUGGUUCAGAUAAGCUAAUCAAGGUAUGGGGAUAUGAUAAAGGUGAAGUCACCCACGUGGGGACGGGUCAUAGUGGUGACAUUGUACGAGUCAAAAUUUGCCCCAAUUCCAAGUUCAUAAUAUCAAUCAGUGCAGAUGGAGCUAUCCUGAAGUGGAAAUACCCUUAUUAGUGGCUUAUUAAUAUAUAAAUAAACUGUCAGAUCUAAAUCAAUUAAUAUGAUACACUCAAGGGCUUAGAAGUCUUGGUUAUCCUGUGUUUAUAGGACAUUUUUGUCAACAUUUUGGUUUCAACACCUCUAACCCUUGAACUCUGAAACAAGUUUUCAAUAUCUUCAGCUUAUUUAGAGUGUAACAGAUCUUAUCAAUAUUAAAAGAAACAUUCUUAUUCACUAUUCUGUGCUACUUUGGGCUUUCUGUGGUCGAUUCUAACCUGUCCCCAGUCUCCCCAAGGAGAAAUUGUACAUUAUCAUUAUUUACAUUGUGCAAAACAAAAGAUAAUAACAUUUGUAAGAUUACUGAAGAUGACCAAGAUUAAGCUCUUUAUUUGAAAGAAAAAUUGUCAGUCAGUUGUGGUUUUACUAUUUGGGCUCCCUGUGUCAUCUAUACUUUAAGAUUGCAUAGCAUGACACAUUAGUUUUGAUGUAGAAUAGGUGAAGCUUAGUCAGUCUCGUAGUUCAAUCAUUUUUGUAAAUUAUACAGUUUUUAUUUGUUUCCGUCAAAGUAUUCAUAUAUAUCAUUUAAAAUAAAAGAUUUUGAAAAUGAA